AGAAAACUCCCGCGCCUCUCCACAAGACCGGAAGUCAACGGGGAAGCGUAGGAUUAUUUCGCGCCAAAUUGAAACAGCAGCAUUCCUUUUCAGCGGCGCGCGAGGAGCAGUUCGGAGUCUUUCUUUUACCUUAUCUGCGAGCAUUUCCGAAGACCACAUGGAGGAGGCCAAUAAACUAAUCGGCGCUGGGAAGAAGUUCCUGGUGAUGGGGAAAGCUGUGGAGGCGGUGAGCGCCCUGCAGGAAGCCUGCGGCAUGCUAGCUAAACAGUAUGGCGACACAGCAGAUGAGUGUGGCGAAGCGUUCCUCUGGUGCGGGAAAGCUCUGCUGGAUUUGGCUCGGAUGGAGAACUCCGUCCUGGGAAACGCUCUGGAAGGAGUGCCAGAGGAAGACGAGGAUGAAGACAAACCCAAAGACUCCAACGUUGAGAGCACCGAAGGCAUAGACGAGGAGGCUAGAGAUGAGCUCCGGGUUCAGGUGUAUGACGCCAUGGCAGAAAAAAAGAACGAAGAGGAGGAGAAGGCAGACAAGGGUCAGAAUGAGGGGGGAGAGGAGCCUGCAGGUCAACAACCUAAAGCGGACGAGGGAGAGGAGGCAAAGGAGGAUGCCGGUAAGGAAAAAUCGGAAGAGGUGAAGGAGACGGACCAGGAAGCAGCUGCUGAGCAGGAGGAAGAGUCGACUCCUAAUGAAGAAUCAGAAGAAGCCAAGCCAGAGGAAGAAGGAGAAGAGGAUGAAGAUGAGAUGGAGGAGCAGGCCGACGGUGCUGCUGCUGAGAAGGACAGUGAGGAUGAGGAGGUGGGGAACCUGCAGCUGGCCUGGGAGAUGCUGGAAGUCGCUAAGAGCAUUUACAAAAGAAAAGACGCCAAAGAAGACCAGCUAAUGGCCGCUCAGGCGCACCUGAAACUGGGAGAAGUUUCUGCAGAAUCAGGAAACUACACACAAGCCCUGGAGGACUUCCAGGAGUGUCUGAAGCUGCAGGUGAAGCACCUGGAGGCGGACAGCCGUCUGCUCGCAGAGACCCACUACCAGCUCGGCUUGACCUACAGCCUGAACCUUCAGUACAGCCCUGCUAUUGAGGCACUGAACAGCUCCAUCUCUGUCAUAAAGAGCCGCCUGGAGAAACUUGAGGAGCUGCUGAAAAACGCAGAGGGUCCUGAAGCUCUGCCUGGUGAGAGGAAGGAGAUGGAGGAACUGAAGGCUCUGCUGCCGGAGAUCCAGGAGAAGGUGGAGGACGCCACCGAGGGCCUGAAGCUGGUGAAGGCGACUGUGGGGGGAGAGCAGCAGGAUGGAGGCGCUCUUGUAAACGGAGGAGCUUCCAGUUCAUCUGCUAAUGGCACCUUAAGCAACGGCAGUCAGACUUCUGCAGUUCCAGUGUCUAACAUCUCCCACCUGGUCAGGAAGAAGAGGAAACCAGAGGAAAGUCCAGUGAAGGAGAAUGAUGUCAAGAAGGCGAAGCAAGACCAGGAACCCGACGCCGCCGCCAGCGGAGACCAGAACGGACAUGUUAACGAGAUGGAAGUAGCAAAGUGAGACUUGGAGACCGAACCAGCUUGUUCUGCUUCACUGUUCUGUUAUGAGGCUGUUUGUUGUCAGGACCUUAAAGUCAGUUUUCUCCAAACUAAGUCCCUGCUCUUUUAAUGUAAAUAUGUAUUUCUAUGCUUGUUCGUUGUAGUGACUGUAUAGAUGAAUAAAGGUUUGU